ACGCAGUAUACAUAUAUAUUUUUUGCGAUAAUACUUUUCUCUCUUUCUGCCUUUUAGCUAAUAAAAAAUAAUAUGACGCAGUAAAUAACAUGACGAUUCAUUUUAGUAAUAAGUAGUGUGUAACCAGCAAAUACACACAGUCGUAUUUAUCUCGCUCUUACGUGUAUGCUUAUUUUUUGGAUAAUAUAUAUUUUAAUAUUUUAGAAAACUCUCAUAACGUUUGUUUCUUUUUAUUGAUUAUUGAAUCACUCAUUGAUGCUAUGAAAUUGAUUGGGAUCGUAUAUUUAGUGUUGUUUUACGGUUAUCUUGUAUCGAUGCUGACAGACGUGACGUUCGAGCCAAGCGCAUUCAUGAAGAUAAAAAUAUCUUGGAUUAACUGGAUUUGGCCGAACAACACCGGAGUCAAUCCCGAUGCAAUUCUCAAUACGGUGGCAACGACUCUCUUACCUGUGCUACUGCAACACGGUCUUUUUUACUCCUCCGCUUCUUGGGUUAUUCUUGGCAAAGGCAAAGCACUAGAUAAUAAUGCGAUUUUUUUUCACGAAUUUCUGCUAAGCGAUUUCGUGAGAUUGUAUUUGAAAUACGUCUGCGACCAGAACAUCAGCGGAAAGAUCUGCUCCAACGUGAUGUUUAUGAUCUGGGGUUACAGCGGCAAGCAGUUUAAUCACACUCUGCUACCCGUCAUCAUUAGUCACUUUCCGGCCGGUGGUUCGUUUGAUACGCUAGUGCAUUACACUCAGGGAUUCCAGUCGGCCAAGUUUCGUCAAUACGAUUACUGUAGCGCGGAAAAUCUAUUAAUCUAUAACUCGGUGGAACCUCCGGACUAUGAUCUAGCGAAUAUAACAGUCCCGAUCGCGUUAUUUUACGGUCCUGGCGACACUCUGGAUGACAUCAUGGAUGUGAAAAAACUCUACCGCGUGUUGCCCAAUGUAGUGGACGUAUACAAAAUUCCAUGGCGCAAUUUCAAUCACAUGGAUUUUAUAUGGGCCAAGGAUGCGCCGAAACUCGUAUACAAGAGAGUUCUCAAGAUAAUGAGAAGCGAGAAUUUAAAUAAUGUUACAUCGAUGGAGAAAUGUUACGUAGACAAUUAAAGUAAGAGAUGAAUGUUACCUGCUAAACCUUUAGUUAGAUGGAUACAAUUGAGGGUAACUGCAAUCGUUAAAAUACAAUGAAAUGUAUCUAAAAGAAAUACCUAUAAAAAUUUAAUAUUAUUUAAAAUUAGGACAGAGGCAAAUUAGAAUAAUAGUUUUUAAGCAAUCGUUUCAGCGAGUUUUGGAUCCAUUGCGAUGAAUCAUAAAAAUUGCGCUAACGAUGUAACAAAUACAUUUAAAUUACAACAUACCCAGCAAACCAAUAUGUAACUGUUACAUAACCUAGGGAGCACUUAAAAAAACAAUGUUCAUAU